AUGUCAACAUACGUCAUCGCUGGAGCCUCGAGAGGGAUAGGGUUUGAGAUGCUUCGCCAGCUGUCGAGCGACCCCAAGAAUACAGUCGUCGGCUUGGUUCGAAACCCGUCCAGCACUAAGGAAAAGGUGUCGGCGGAAUUGUCUGACCGAUCCAAUAUUCACAUCAUUGCCGGUGAUCUGACAAACUACGAUAGUCUGAAGACUGCUGCCGACGAGACUUCAGCCAUUACGGGUGGCAGUCUCGACUACCUGGUUGCGAACGCCGCUAUCAUAUCACAAGUUGAUGGAUUCUCCCCGAUUGGACAAAUAUCGCCUAGAGACGCAGCGAACGCCUUUCAUGAAUCAAUCGACACCAACGUCAUUGGCAGUAUUUACCUUAACAAUGUGUUCCUGCCUCUCAUUCUUAAAGGAAAGGCCAAGAAGAUCAUAGCUAUAAGCUCCGGGAUGGCGGACGUUGACUUUAUCAAUCAGUUCGACAUAGAAAUUGGAGCUUUGUAUUCGGCCUCGAAAGCAGCUUUGAACGUUAUUGUUGCCAAGUUCAGCGCACAGUAUAAGAAGCAGGGCGUACUGUUCAUUGCUAUCAGUCCAGGAGUGGUAGAUACGGGCAACUUUAACCCUGCAAGUCUAUCUCCACAGGAGAUUGAGGGAUUGCAAAGCAUGUUUGCAGGUUUUCAGAAGUAUGCACCAAACUUCAAGGGUCCAGUAGCCCGGGAACUAGCCGUGCAAGAUGUGAUCAAAGUUUGGGAGAAUGCCAGUCUUGAGAAGGGGCAUGGGGGCGCAUUCCUGUCUCACCUGGGCAACAAACAAUGGCUCUGA